AUGCCGCUUGACUGGGACUGGGGCUUCGUGCCCCUUAGCUCCACCAACCCUCCAACGGAAGAAGCUAAGCAGCGCUUCCCUCGCAUUACUUCGGAUAAGCGAGGCCCUGUCCGGAAGCGGCCUCUGGACAAGGUGGACCCUGACCCUUACGUCCAUUGGACCGAGCUCAAGAUGGGCCGCACGCACACUUCGCGCCCCGAUGCUCCCUCAACUGGCCCCCAACCACAGGUCCACGAGCACGUGGCUCCUCUGCAGGCCGAGGUUGGCCAGGAGUUCCUGGACAAGCUCGCCUCCGGGAGCAAGAAGAACAAGGCCCCGACACCAGAUGCCGGUUCAAGCCAGGCCCCUCCCGCCAAACGCCCCCGGACGGAAAUCCUUGGAGGGAAGGAAGUAGGCAAGAGGCGCUACAAAAAGAAGACAAUGCCUGUCUCUUCCGGCCCUGCGCUCACGCUCUCCAAGGGCGCUACCGGUACGAUGCCGGGAAGCUCCGAGGGAACGGCCAGGACCUCGUCCCCUCCUCGUUCAAGCCCGAAAAAUAAGAAGAAGAAGAAUACUUCACGCUCUUCCCCCUCCAAGCCCGUGCCGGAUUCUUACGCGCCGGCAAGUUCUACUCCGGGCCAGGACGCUCCUGAGGCCCAUUCGCCGCCCAAGACCACGCCUGCGCCUCCGCCGGAAGCUCCUGUCACCAAGCCCACCGGGGUCGCGCCAACGCCACCGCCAGCCCAAGGACCUUCUGCGGCCAAGCCGACGCCGCCGCCAGAAGGCGCCAAGCUCCGCGUGUCUGAACCCUUCAAGGGGAAGGCCACGGCUUCCGGCACCUCCGCUGCCGGCCCGCAGUCCUUGGUGCUGCACGUCGCCCCCGCUGCUACCGUAGAUGGUGAAAAAGCUACCGGCCUGCUUGGCCGGAUCACGGAGCUGAAGCGCGAGGGCAAAGAGCUGGGGCACCUGCUUGAUUACGCUGAGAAGUGGAAUCAGGCAGAUGUGUCCGCGGCUACGCGCGGCCUGGGAAAGGACCGGCUUCCUGCCAUUGACCCGACCGGCCCCCGGUGCACCGAAGAACACUUCAUGCGACUUAAGCGUGCAGUGAAGAAAUUCGACAACGCGUGGCAUGACGCCACCAGCAACGUGGUGAGCACCGUGGACGCCCGGAAGCGCCUCUUCGAGGAGCUUCUAUGGGAGCACCGGGACCUUUCUGAGGCACAUAGCAAAUGCCAAGCUAUCCCGGAAGCUUCCAUUGAAGCCCUCAAGAUCCAGCUCGCCGCAGCCCAAGAUGAAAAAGAGCAACUUAUCAAGGAGCAUCGCAAGGCUCUGGACGCCCAGGAGCUUUAUGCCAAGGGGCUGAAGGACCAGCUGAUCCAGCUCGGGCUCAAGCACAGUGAGGCGAUGAAGGCCGCCCAAGCUGCCGCUGAGACCAAGCUGAAAGAAGCUCUGGAGGACGCCAACAACUCCACCGUGGUGCUGCGGACCGAGCUUGAAGAGGGAGCCAAGGCACGGCAAGCAGCCGAGGAUCAGGCCGCGCGCCUAGAAGCAGAGCAGAAGGAGUAUGACCAACUGCCUCACGCGCAGAAGAAGGUGACCGAGCGCCGGGUUCAACAAUCCUUCAAGAACCUUGAAGCGGCCUGGGACCCUUAUGACCAUCUGGUCGCACUUUCUGCGCGGGUCGCCCACAUGCGUGCGGUGGACCGGAACGGAUCUGCCUGA